GUGAAGGUAGCACGAUAAGAGCGGGCAAAACACAUACAGAGCGAGUCGAACUCCGAGUAACGCGGCGAGUUUAUCUCCUCCUCUCACUCACUCUUUUAUAUCUCAAUAAAUAAAUCUCAGAUCUUUCUCUCAUUACUCUCUCUCGUUUCUCUUUGCUCUUCUCUAGAUCUCAAAAUCCAUCUACUUCUUCGUUUAACAGAAAUGGAAACGUUCCUAUUCACCUCCGAAUCAGUCAACGAGGGACACCCCGACAAGCUCUGCGACCAAGUCUCCGACGCCAUCCUCGACGCAUGCCUCGAACAAGACCCCGAAAGCAAAGUCGCAUGCGAGACGUGCACCAAGACCAACAUGGUCAUGGUCUUCGGCGAGAUCACAACCUCCGCUAAAGUAGACUACGAAAAAAUCGUCAGAGCCACCUGCAGGGAGAUCGGUUUCGUCUCCGCCGACGUCGGCCUCGACGCCGACAAGUGCAACGUCCUGGUCAACAUCGAGCAGCAGAGCCCGGACAUCGCUCAGGGAGUUCACGGUCAUUUGACCAAGAAGCCCGAAGACAUCGGGGCCGGUGACCAGGGGCACAUGUUCGGUUACGCUACGGACGAGACUCCUGAGCUUAUGCCGUUGACUCACGUUCUCGCGACCAAGCUCGGCGCGAAGCUUACCGAAGUGAGGAAGAACAAGACUUGUCCCUGGUUGAGACCUGAUGGGAAGACGCAGGUCACCGUAGAGUACAAAAACGAUGGUGGUGCCAUGAUUCCUAUCCGUGUCCACACGGUUCUCAUCUCGACUCAGCACGAUGAGACCGUUACCAACGACGAGAUCGCUAAGGACUUGAAGCAGCACGUGAUCAAACCCGUGAUUCCCGCUAAGUACCUUGACGACAAGACCAUAUUCCACCUCAACCCGUCUGGUCGGUUUGUCAUCGGUGGGCCUCACGGUGACGCUGGGCUCACGGGGAGGAAGAUCAUCAUCGACACUUACGGUGGUUGGGGUGCUCACGGUGGAGGUGCUUUCUCCGGGAAAGAUCCCACCAAGGUUGAUAGAAGCGGUGCUUACAUCGUUAGGCAGGCUGCGAAGAGCGUGGUUGCAGCGGGCCUCGCGCGCCGCUGCAUUGUCCAGGUGUCGUAUGCUAUUGGUGUGCCGGAGCCGCUCUCGGUGUUUGUUGACACGUACAAGACUGGGACUAUCCCGGAUAAGGAUAUCCUUGUGUUGAUUAAGGAGGCCUUUGACUUUAGGCCUGGGAUGAUGGCUAUUAACCUUGAUUUGAAGAGAGGAGGUAACUUCAGGUUCCAGAAAACGGCGGCGUAUGGUCAUUUUGGGCGUGAAGAUCCUGACUUCACUUGGGAGGUGGUGAAGCCACUCAAGCCAAAGGCCUAAGACAAAACAAAAGAGUUGGCAGUUGCAAGAACUGAGGUGUUGAGAGACUCUCUCUCUCCCCACAACUACUACUGGGAACUUAUCAUUAAACUAUUAUUAUUGCAAAAGAUUUGAAUAAUCCCAUACUUUCACAUUUUGUUUUUGCUGUCACUGGAGUUUCAUGUUUUUAUUUCCUGGCUUUUUUUCUUCUUCUUAACCUCUUGUAUUGUAAUUUUGAUUGUCGAGAAACACAUCGUUGUGGUGUUAAAUAUUAUCGUUAUAUUCAAACUGAA